UUCCUCACUUCUCACUCUCUCCAGUCAGAGAACAGAGCAGCAAGCCUCAGCUACAACCAUGUCUUUUCAAAUGUCACGUAGUUCCAUGACCUCUGGAGGAUCCAUUGGAGGAUCCCGCUUUUCCAUGUCCAGUGGUGGAGGUGGAGGUCGUGCCAUGUAUGCGGGCAGCAUGCAUGGUGGAGCUGGAGGACAUGGGACACGUAUCUCAAGCGCCUCUGCUUCUCGUUCCUUCUCUGGUAUAGGUGGUGGCAGCUUCGGAGGCGGCUUUGGAGGUGGUUUCGGUGGCGGUGCCGGUGGAGGUUUUGGUGCCGGUGGAGGUUUUGGUGCCGGUGGCGGUGGCGGUGCGGGUGGCGGUUUCGGCGGUGGUGCUGAUAGCUUUGAUGUGUCUGCAAAUGAGAAAGCCACCAUGCAAAACCUCAAUGACCGUCUGGCCUCCUACCUGGAGAAGGUACGCUCCCUUGAGAAGGCCAAUGCUGAACUUGAGCUGAAGAUUCGCCAGUUCCUGGAGGGCAAGACGGCCCCCUCUGCCCGUGACUACAGUGCCUAUUACGCUACGAUCAGUGACCUCCAAAACAAAAUCCAGGAUGCCACGCGUGUUAAUGGAGGCAUCUACCUCAGCAUUGACAAUGCCAAGCUGGCCGCAGAUGACUUCAGAGUCAAAUAUGAGAAUGAGCUGGGCAUGAGACAAUCCGUAGAGGCAGACAUUGCUGGCCUGAGGAAGGUGCUGGAUGAGCUGACAAUGGCCAGAUCUGACCUGGAGAUGCAGAUUGAGGGUCUAAAAGAAGAGCUGAUCUUCCUCAAGAAGAACCACGAGGAGGAACUCUUGGCGGCACGCGCACAGAUGAGUGGACAAGUCAACGUAGAGGUAGACGCAGCACCACAGGAGGACCUGACAAAGGUCAUGGCUGAAAUCCGUGACCAAUACGAGUCCGUCGCUAAUAAGAACCGCAGAGAUCUCGAGGCCUGGUUCCAGGCUAAGAGUGAAACCCUCAACAAAGAAGUCGCCGUAAGCACAGAAACCCUUCAAACGUCCAAAUCAGAAAUCACAGAACUUAAACGUACACUCCAGGGUCUUGAAAUCGAACUACAGUCGCAGCUCAGUAUGAAAGCGUCGCUGGAAGGCACUUUGGCAGACACACAGGCCCGCUACAGCAGCAUGUUAAACGGCUUCCAAAUGCAGGUGUCUAGCCUGGAACAGCAGCUGAUGCAGCUUCGUGGCGAUCUGGAGCGUCAAGGGCAAGAGUACCAGAUGCUUCUUGACAUCAAGACCAGACUGGAGAUGGAGAUUGCAGAGUACAGAAGACUUCUGGAUGGAGAGGGUGCUGGAAGUUCUCAAACCAUACAAUCCUCAACUAAAACCGGAUCCACAUCCUCAUCCACUACACGCACAGUGGUCACCAUUGUAGAAGAGGUGAAGGAUGGCAAAGUGAUCUCCUCCACCCAGUCUGUGGCCCCAGGAAAGUGAGAUCUCAAACAAGAACCAGCGCAAGAACUCCUGAGAUAAAACAACCCAACUCAGAGUGAUGAACAAAACAUCAAUAAACUGGUUUAAAUGUG